UGAUAAACUGUUUAGGCUCGUUUCCCGCCAUUGUUUACGAUCAUGGCAGGACAGGAGUGUGAAUAUCCGACGGUCUCAUCUUUAUUUGACCAGUUUCUCAGAUUAUAUGAAGAGAUUGAUAAAUCAGAUUUGCCGACGAAUUCAGACGAGCUACAGAAGAAGAUAAAAGAUACUGUGGCAGGCUUAAUAAAGACAACAGUUCUUGUUUCUGAAGUAGGGGUGUUCAGCAGCAAUGAAACUCUGGAGGAACUGUCAACAAAUUCCAUUAAAUUCCUCCUACUUCCCGUCCUCCUUGGGUCUCUAACACUGAAACGCACAAACAUAGAGCGGAUGGAAGUACUCCGCCUGUCAAAUAUUUAUUUCAGGGAUUAUAUUACACGGUGUAAACAGUAUGGCCUCACGGAUGUAGAUUUACCUCCAGAGCCAAAUAACGAAGAUAAGGAGGAUGAGGAUGACGCGGACAAGAAGAGGAUUGCAAGAAUGCCCCCUAAGAAGGGCAUGCCAACUCCACAGGAGCUGGAAGCAAUGGCCCGACAACGUGAGGACAAGAUCCGUAGAUUCAAAGAAAAGAAGGCUAUGGGAGAACGGUUAAAUGAGCUUAGAAAAGCCCUAAAGAAUCCUAGUCAUGAUGAAGAAAUUACCAGAAAUUAUCACAUUGCAAUGGUUAAAAAAUUCAUCUUGGACUGCCUAGAAGAGUUAGAGAGUGUGACAAUGGAACGUAACAUGUUGGCAGAGAUGGCUGUUAUGAGGAUGAAAGGCACACUACCUGAUCCAGAAGAAGCGCCAAAGCCCAAACCACUCAAGCCUAUUCUUAUAACAAGGGAUGCUAUGCAGAAGAAUGUAUUUGGUCUUGGAUAUCCAAGUCUACCUUCUAUGACUGUAGAGGAAUUUUAUGACCAGAGGGUUAGAGAAGGAUGGUUCCCAGAUCCAAGCAAGAGCCAGAACUGCCUUCAGAAUCGUGCUGCUUUUGGACCAGAUAAGGAAAAGGAAGCAAUAGAAAGAGAAGAGGCAGAGAAGGAAGCUGCAGAAGAGCGGGAUGAUCCUGAUAAGAUUGCACAUGAGCGGGGAAUGGACGAGUGGCGAGACACACAUAAGAGAGGCUGGGGAAACACCUACAACAGAAGUUGAGGAUGCUGAGAUUAUUAAAACUGAUUACCAUUGGGAAAUGUUUAGUUAGCUACUGAAGUUGUAUUCAAAGUUGAGCAACAUUAUUAUUGGAUAUGGAAUAAAGACCUCAUUAGUCA